AUGGCCAAUCCAACCAUCACCGGUCAUGAAACGUCAAAGGAUUUUACGGCACGCUUGUCGCAUCAGAUCAACGGUGGUAUGGCAUGUCUUGGGAUAGCCAUGGGUAUGGAGACGGGACUGUUUGAUGUGAUGAUGUCCAUUGGAGAGAACAGGAAAACCAGCCAGGAGAUUGCGGACUUGGCUAACAUGAAAGAAAGAUAUGUCCGAGAAUGGCUGGGAUGUAUGGCUGUCGCGGACAUCGUGAACUUCGACCCUGAGCAAGACACGUAUUGGAUACCUGCCCAUCGCGUUGGUAUCCUCACACAGUCCGGCUUCUUGUCCGUUGCUAUCCCGUGCCUGUCUAGUGGGUUCUUCGAUGUGGCAGAAUGCUUCAAGAAAGAUGGCCCAGCAGGUGUUUGUAUGGACAAGUAUCUAAAGUUUGAUCAGGUUUUGGACAAACUACACGAUCCUUUCUUUCGAGACCAGUUCCUUCAAGAGUUCAUUCCAUCCAUGCCCCAUUUGAAUCAGCAACUAAUUAAAGGAAUCACAGUUCUAGAAGUAGGGUGCUGCGAGGGUGGUUCAUGCAGGAUGCUCGCCACCCAGUUCCCCAAUAGCUACAUCUACGGAAUCGAUAUCUGCCCAAACUUCAUAGAGCAAGCUCGAGAGAAGACCACUUGCGAGGGUCUCAGCAAUGUCCAGUUUGCCAGUGAGGACGUCAGCUGCAUGCCGGCCGAGUGGACAUGGAAAUUUGACUACGUCUUCAUGUACUUUGUCCUUCACGACGUGUCGUACCCCUACAAGGCUCUGCGUGAAAUACACCGGGUCCUGAAGCCAGGGGGAACCCUGUCGGUAGUGGAUACCGUCACGCACACCAAACUCGAGGACAAUCUUAAGGAUGCUGACAGAGCCUACAUUCUAACCCAGUACACUAUGAGUUUGAUGAACUGCCUGCCCGUGUCCCUGUAUCCAGGAGACGGGACUGGUCUCGGGGCUAUGUGGGGUCGAGAGAAAGCACAGGAGAUGCUCAAACAGGAAGACUUUGAGGUUGUGUCCGUAAGCUCAACAAGAUCAUAUCUGAAUGGUUUGCAUUAUUUAUGCCAAAAGCCGCUCAGUGAGAAUAAUAAUGUCUGUAGCAACGGCUUUGCUUGAUUUUUUUAUUUUUUUUUAUAACAACAAGAAAUUAAAUUCAGUUGAGAUGUCCAUUCCCGGUCAUGACUCGUGUGCUG